GUUUUAGUAGAGCAGCAAACGACAUCAAAAACCUAUUUUGAGACAUCCUCAAAAAGCUACGGAGAGGAGUCAUAUUAUGAACUCAGUACAGCAGCAGAGAUAAAACUAAAUGAAGAAACUGAGAGCAUUAUGCAGAAAUUAGAGGGACAACAGGAGAAAAAAGUCAACACAUCUCUUGGUAAGAAGUCAUUGGAACAGAGAAGUUUGUCGCUGAACAUUACGGUUGGUGCCACGACAGAAAAGACUGCAAAGACCUUCUCAGAAAGCCUAUGUCCAAUCAGUGGAAGCUUUGAUGAAUCUGAUACUCAUCCACCAACACCAUUUGUUGGGAGCCAUUCAGAUAAGCCUCCAGCUUUGUCCAUUACCCCAACUUCCACUGCAUCACCUGAAGAUAUCUCUACUAAAGCAGAACCACCCUUAAAUUCUUCAAAGCAAACUUCUAGUCCUGAACAAUCAAGCAGCCUCUCUGAGAUGUUAGACCUGGCUGGAGCUCUGCCUCAUAGGAAGGAGGUGGACCACAUGAGGCGAAAGUCUGUGCCAACAAAUGUGUCAGCUCUGGUGGGAAGUUCUUUGGCCAAGCUUGCCAUGGGAGAUCAGGCUCCAAGAGUGAUGGGUGGGGAAAACCAGCUAGAGGACCUUGGAUACUGUGUGUUUAGUGAAUAUUCAGGGCCCAUGCCUUCUCCUGCUGAUGUACCAAGUCCUGGGGACUCUCCACAUCAACGAUUUCCUUCUGUGGAAGGUGAUGUUGGGGAUGAGUUGGGGCCCGCUGAUUUUGAGGGAGUUCAAAAAGUUGCAAUGCAGCAACCGAAUCACAAAGGGAUUGUACCUGAAGUCUCUCAAAAGACAGUCUUUGAGAAGAAAGAUUCUCCAGUGAAGUCUUCUCUGAUGCUUGAAAAAGCUGUGACAAGUGGAGUAAAACCUGAUCGCCUACGAAUCCCUAUGACCUCCUCGAAUAAUCGUUUGACAGAAUUCCGUCUGGAAAGUGGUCUGCCUGGUGACAUAAAAAUCCAAGCAAUCCCUGAGGUAGAUAUUGAGAAAGACCCUUCCAGAGAGGCAUCCCCAAUCCCACCAGACAACUCCUUUACUUUCAGUCCGUCUGAAACAGGCAGUAAGGCUCCCCCAACACCCACCACCCCUAAAUCCCCAUAUGAUACAACAUCAGCACCUGAACUCGCUGAAGAGGCUAGGAUAGAUGUUUUACAGGAGGUCAAAACAGAUGAUGGUGCAGAGUCUAAGAGAGUUGAAAAACCUGAAGAUUCAGACAGAGAAAUGCAGAAAUCUGAAAAGGAACAUGACAAGACUGAAAUAGAAAAUGCAGACAUCCAUGACAAAGCAUUUCAGUCAUUAGAAGAAGGCAAAGAAAAAGCACAAGCACAAGAAAGCUCUGAGGAUUUACAGGAUUUAAGCUGUAAGAGGCCCUUAGAUGAAAAAGGGGCUGAAAUCCACUUAGAGACGGUAAAUCUGGAAAAAGGCCCCAAAAAACUGCAAACAUCCUCCCCAGUCAUCAUUAUACCUCAAGCACAAGUAGAGGAGGAAGCUGAGGACGAAGAUGAUAUUGAGAUUGCAGAAGAGCCGCAGGAAAUAAUGGAGGAAGUGGAAGAGUCUGCAUACGCCAAAACAGAUCAAACAGAGGAAAGUCUGUUGAGAGGAGAUGGAAAGGAAGAACAAAAGAAAGAGAUGGUGAGACUGUUGGUAGAGGAUCAGGUGGUGGAAGAUGAUCCCAAGUCAGGAGCAGAAGAAUGGAGUCACAGUGCACAAAACAGUGACUAUGGGGAACCUGCGACAGACAGUUCGCACCUGUCUCCAUGUUCUGACCAUGAGCUACAGGAACAAGAAGAAGCCAGCAGGAAUGAGCAAUUGGAAGAGGAUAAAGCAGUAGAAGACUCGUACAGCAGUUUAGGUCAGGAGAAAACAGAGGAGAAGGAAGUUGUAAAGGACGAAGUAAGAGAGGAAGCUUGUCCUGUUGAAAUUGGCAAAGACAAAGAGGAGAAACCAAUAGAAGAAGAGAUGGAGAGGAAGGAGGGAAUAAGCGAGGAAGAAGACAUUGAGGUUGGCCAAGAGGUAGAAGAGACUUCUGUUGGACUCAGAAGUCAGGUACCCAACGAUGAAACCACUAUGGACACCUCCAUCCUAGAUUCAGACAGUGGCUGGAUGGACUCACAAGGUGAUGACAAAAGUCUUAUGACCGAGCAAAUCGAGGCCCUUCCUCACGUCCAGAGUCCUACCAGUACUCCUGUGGUGGACAGACCCGCUAAACGGGCCCCUGGCAGAGGAAGGGGCCUACCUGGCAACAUUGAGAGUAAAGUGUCUCGCAAAGUGUCCAGCCAUCAUCCAAGAGAGGAGAUGAAGAAGAAAAAAGUAGGAGUGAGGAGGGCUGACCAGAAUAAGGUGUCAGCCCUCCAAAGUCGUUCUCCAUCUCGAAAGAGUGUAGCCAAAGCGGCGGCCAGGCAUCCUAGGCCCGCUCUGCUUCACGGCUCUGCUAGACGCAAGGCCACAGGCAUGGAGAGCCAUCAGCCCCUCAGUGUGGCCCACCAGUCCAGGGAGAGGACCACUGCUCAACAGAGAAAACCUAGCCCCACACGAGCCGUUCUGUUAAAGAUGGCGGUGCAGCGCCAGGCCUCCAACCCUCAGCCCCCCCGGCCUGGCUCCGCCUGUAGCCUUAAACGGAGCCCGCUGGUGGAGGCGGAGCUCAGUGAGGUCCGGCCCUCCUCUGCAGGCUUCCGCUCAUCCUCCAUACCAAACAAAUGGGCAGAGAAGGAGAGAACAUACCGCAGCCCAGAGAAGAGGUCAUCCCUCCCCAGGCCGGCCAAGUCCCUGACACGCCACAUCCCUGCUGCUGAACAAGAAGACAACAGCACCCCCUCUAGGCCAACCUGUACAGAUUCAGCCCGGUCCCGAUCGAUGCGUAGCGGGGCCUCCACACCCGGUUCCUCCGCCGUUACGCCCGGGACGCCUCCCAGCUACUCCUGCCGCACCCCCGGCUCACGUACCCCGGGUAGCCACACACCCAAGUCUUUCAGUGUCCUCCAGGAGAAGAAGGUGGCGGUGAUCCGGACCCCACCCAAGUCACCGUCCUCAGCCCAAAGGCAGCUGAAGGUUCUGAACCAGCCUCUACCCGAUCUGAAGAAUGUCAAGUCCAAGAUCGGUUCCACUUCUAACCUCAAACACCAGCCGAAAGGCGGACAGGUUCAAAUUUUAAGCGAGAAGCUGGACUUCAGUCAUGUUCAGUCAAAGUGCGGCUCCAAGGAUAAUCUGAAGCACACGCCCAAAGGAGGCAAUGUCAUGAUUCCAAGUGUUAAACUGGACUUUAGCCACGUUCAGGCUAAAUGUGGCUCCCUGGACAAAUUGCAGCACACAGCAGGCGGGGGAAACGUCCAGAUCCAGUCUAAGAAGAUCGACUUAAGCCAUGUCACCUCCAAAUGUGGCUCCAUGUCCAACAUCCACCACAGGCCAGGGGGAGGAAAUGUGCGGAUUGAGAAUGUGAAGCUGGACUUUAAAGAUAAAGCCCAGUCCAAGGUCGGGUCCCUGGACAACGCCAGCCACAUGCCUGGAGGGGGGAAUGUCAUGAUCGAAAGCCACAAACUGAUGUUCCGGGAAACAGCCAAAGCCCGGGUGGACCACGGUGCCGAAAUUAUCGUGACCCACUCGCCCGGGCUGGAAACAGGCGGUACUUCCCCUCGCCUGUCCUCAGCAGGCAGCAUCAACCUCCUGGAGUCACCGCAGCUGUCCACGCUGGCCCAGGACGUCACUGCUGCGCUGGCUAAACAGGGCUUAUGAGCCAGCUGCCUCUGGUCCCUUCAGCAAUCCACACCGCUCCUUGUCCCAUCAGUCACAUUCACUCAUCCAGUGUUUUCCUAAAGUUCUUCACUGCAGCAUUUCUCUCCCCUCACAUUUGCUCCCCAAGGUUCUACAGUUGUAGCUGAUUGACUGUCUUGUCCAUCAACAACCCCUCCAGCCCGGCCAGAGGGAUUUUAAAAACUGAAGUUUACUCUUUACCUGAUCACUUAAAGGGGAUUUUCCCGGUCGCUCUUUAUUUGUUUUAUCAUUAAGUUUUGAUCGCUUGCCUCUGGACUUUUACUUUUUUUGUUCUAGAUAACGCUGAAAGCUAAGUCAUCAGUGAGGUUUAAAUGGAUGUUUGUGUAAGGUUUUAUGAUUGUACAGUGAUUUUACAAUGAAAGGCAUCACCACAUUCCACUUGUUUGGGGAUAAACUUCACAGUAAACACAUGCAUACGUCCAUCCAGAAAUUCUGCGGUACUGAAUGCUACUAGUUAUUAGACGCUAGACACCUGUGUGAGAGACUUAACUUGCCGAAACAUGGCGUGUAAGUGUAUAUGAAAAAGAAUGGCUGACGACACAAUGAGCAUGUUUGCUAAAAAGUGACUUUCUGAGUCAAACAAUGCGAUUUUUUUUCUUGUUUGUUGGUUGGUUUUGAUGCCAUGUUUUACUGAAAUGUGUUGAAUUGUUGAAAAAAUUGUUUUCUUUUUAUAUUUGUCUCUGUAGUGGAAGAUGUUCCAGUUUUGUACGUUUCCCUGUGGCUGCACUGGCUUAUUAGCACUUACAUGUGGAUAACCAUUGCAGUUCUGUCGAGUCAAGCGCUAAAAGUCUAGCUUUUCAGUAGUUUUCUUUUCUGCAAACCAAUGGGCUGCUCUUCUUGUUCAGGCGUUAGUUUUAUAUUAGCUCUGUUUUGUUAGGCUACAACAAUGCUGUUAUGCUGGCAUGGCAAUGAAAUAUUAUUAAAUUAGAUCUACGUGGAGCUCUUAAAACGUUUCUGAUUGAGUGUAAAUGGCCAGGGUGAAAUCUAGUGUCUGUACUUUUCAAGGUUGCAACCUGUGAUUCCAAGAGGCCCCUUAUGCUCCUGUGACCUUUAACCUUCCUGCAGAGUCUGGGUUGUACAGACGGAAUAAAGAACAUAGAAAGCUUUAUAUGAAAACAUUCCAUAUAAAAGAGCAACUACCAGGCCUUUGUUUUUGUGUGUGUGUGCAAACAAGUGCAUCUGUUUUUGGCCUUGUACCUUCACAGAAAGGAAAAAGAUGAAUGGAAGCAACCCAAAACCUGCAGCUCUUAGGAUAAAAGAAAAAAAAAAAAGAAUAAAAACAGAACUGUUCUUGCAUAUUCUCUGCUCACCAUUGUGAAACUCCUCUGCCCUCCCUUCCUCCCUCCCCAUCCCCAGUUGGCCCUCCAGUGUUUUUCUGUGCUUCCUAUUCUCAAACCCCCCCCCCCCCCCUCGUCUAUGUAAGUGUAUUUAAAAGACCAUGUAGAUGUGUGCACACUUUCCAAUAAUGUUUGAGACAUACUGAUGACAAAUGCUCCUACAGGAUGAUGACAGAAAUAAAGAAAAUAAAAAGUG